AUCGUGAAAUGAGGCUUUUCCUAUUAUAAAGAAAAGCACAAUUCCAUCUCGACAGUAUGCAGGAUCGGAACCUGGAUUUUAGUUUAGAUUAGAGGAAAUCGAAUUUCUAGAGUUAUCUGUAAGCUUGCCAUUUCAGAAAUAGUUUGUUAAAUUUCGUAAAAAGGUUAAAUCUUACUUACAUUUGACAUAGUUUGAAUAUAAGUAAUUCACGCGAUUUCAUCUUAAAAGUUUUUAUUAAGGAGAGCAAUUUUAAGAAUUAGACAGCGUUAAGUCCGAUCUCAUUAUUUCAGCAACGAUAAAUACUACUAAUGUAGAAUUUUCUGAGAGAAGCGAGCCGAAAGUAAUGACUAAAAUGACAAAUGUAUCCAUUGAAUCAUGGACUAUCAAAACUGAAAGCUCGACGGACUGUAAGAGAGGUGGGGAUGCGCUAUUCUUCCCCCCAGAUUUCCGCUCUGGGUACGUCUGUGAACCACGAACUAUCUUUAGUGUUGAAAACGACUGGUGAGAAAAAAACUGUGUUGUAUUCCUCUACGACAUAUCUAUUAUUAAAUGUAAAUGUUUUAUUUCCGCAUAAUAACGUAUUCUGGCUAUGCGAUUCGGCAUUCUUUGGACAUAGAUGUAGCUGAACGCGCAUGUGAUUUUACGUAAAAAAAAACAAAGAAUGCACAUAGAAUACUUAAUCUGCCGAAUGUUAUUACGACUCACUACCUUAAGACAAAUGAACAAAAUCUAAAAUACGAUCCGAGCUAAAUUUUAGGCUCUGCUUUCAGAGCCGUCACUGAACAACUCUGAUUUUGAUUACUAGUAGUUUAGGUACUAGGUUCGUGUCUAACAUCAAAUCACUUGUCAAACGAGUGCGCAAAUAUUUUCAUAUAAAUCAACUUUUUACUUGAAAGGUAUAAUGUAGUUUAAGUAUACAUAUAAUACGGAUACGGGUUCGUUUAAUUGAGACACAAUUAUUCAGAUACACAAUGUACCUUCAAAAUUACCGAAAUAAUAAACAACUGUCUACAAUGGCUAGAAAGAUAAAAUGAGCUGAAGUGAAAAAGUUAACUGUUUUAUGUAUAUACAACAGUCGUAAAGAGUACCUUAAUAUGAAAUCUCUGCCUGUAUUAAAUAAUAAGUUCAUACCGCCAUUUAAACCCCCCACACGCACAUUAAAAACUUAGUAAUGAUCCGUGCAAUAAACGGACACAAGUGAUACAGUUAUAUUACACUAUAUAAAAAGUGACUCAUGGACAACUUGAUCGCUAAGUAGCUACCGUAAUAUUGUCAGAUGUAAUCUAUCUAAAAUUAUAAAAUCUCUUGAGGUUAUGAUAUGCGUGUAUGAAACGCAAGGAUACACUUAGACUGAAAGCUUUCUCUGUUCUACAUCAAUUAGCAAUGUAGCAGAGCCUGAUUGGGUUUCAUGCGCUGGAGUAUAGCCAGUUUUCAUUUCUGUUUUGUAACAAUAUCUGUGUGCAUAUAGGAAGCUAACGAUAUUUUAAUUUUGUAUUUUUUUAACUAUUGAACUAUCUUCGAUCAUAGAAGUUUGGGAAAAUAUAAAUGACCACGAUGAUGAAUGAAAAGUGGACGAUCGCCUUCAAGCUGGUAGACUUUAACAAAGAUGGAGUCGUAAAUGUUAAAGACAGAGACGACUGUUUGCAGUCGUUUAUCAAUGUCUUCAAACCGGGUAGUGGUCGAAAACAAGAAAUGGAAUCUCAACUAAAUGAAUUCUGGGAUAAAAUUGUAUAUCUAACCGAUGACCCGGAUUGGAAUAAAUCCUUUAAUAUUGACGAGUUCAUAGCCUCGCGCAGAGAAGCAUAUACCAAAGAUUCUGCGAAGACUGUCUCGGUUGUUCGCGAGGCUUUGAAGCAGCUGAUAAGCGCAGGUGAUGUCGGGGCAUCUGGCAGCUUUUCUUUCGAGCAAUUUAAAAAUCUUCAUGAAGCUUUCAAUUUGAAAGAUGAUAACCUUGUGAAAGGUAUAUACAGUAUGGUUGGAUCAGAAGGGGAUGGUAAAUGUUCUGUGGAUAGUAUUGCAGGGUUCUAUACAGAACUGGCAAUGGGAAAUGACGAAGGGAAGCAUGAACAGUAUAAAGCUGCUCUAGCAUCAGUCGGAUUUAUGUGACGAUAUUUAUACAGAUAUGGUGUCAUAAAUAAUUAACACUAGUAUAGACGAAAACAACUCUUAACCAGUUAAAACUAUCAUUUCUUACCUAGUUUCUGUUUACAUCCCUCAGUUACAUUUGCUGCUUAAGGUAUUUAAAAGUUAGGUGAAAUCCCAUUGUAAACUGAAAAACUUAUUUUAUUUGUCCAUAAGAAAGAAAAAAAAAUGUUGUAGAUUUAACAUUUGGAAAAAAAUUG